CAAAGUGCAGCUGUCAAUGGUGAAAAUGGCGAAUUGUCAUAGAGUCGGAGAAUUGAUAUUAAAUUAAAAACUUACUUUAUUUUGUGACGAGUUUAAACAAUUUUAUACUCAAAGAGGUGUGUCGGCGGAUCAGGGACAUUACAAUUUAAUUGUGCAGCUACAAUUUUACAUUUUUCUUUCCUUUUUUAUGUUCCUUGAAUGCGGAUCAGAGGCCUUGGAAUCCGGAAGAUAUAAAUGAACCAAAACCAAAUCCAGCAACUUACCACUCACCUAUCGCAGGCACUUGAUCAAAACUACGAUGUCGUCAAUAUGGAUGCUGUGCUCUCUGUUAUUUGUGCACUGGAAGGCACGACAAUCACCAAGGAGCAGCUCGAGGCCACCAGACUGGCCAAGUACAUAAAUCAGCUCAGAAGGAGAACCAAAAAUGAACACCUAGCUCGACGUGCAAAGUCGUUGUUGAAGAAGUGGAGGGAAAUGGUUGGGAUUCAGCAAACGGCCGCUGAAUUUGUGCCACAUCUUAGUCAAAUUGGUUCCCAGCCCACGCAGCCAGCUUUAGACUCUCCAAAAUCUACUGCGCUAGUACCAGACAGCCACUUAAGCGAGCCGUUCACUCAAUCGUUGCCUUCGCAGCAAGUUGUUCCACAUAUGCAAGCAAAUAUCGACACUUCCGAGCCUCCGCCUUUGGAUGUGCAUACUGAGCUUCGGACCAACUUUACGAACCUGGUCAACAAUAUCCAUGAUUGCGAGCACGUGGAAAAAUUCAAUAUAACGACACUGCAAAAUUUAAAGGACCGUCGCCAUCCUGCACUAAGUAGGCAAGUGGGUUCUCCUCAGCCGAUCGUAAAUGAGCAGUCGGUGAAUUCCGUAUUUAACCUAACCCAUGUGAGCACCGAGAAGAUAAACGAAGCUUCAGUUGUUAUUGACAUUGUAUCCGAUUCCGAUGAAAACGACAAUAACUGUGCAUCGAAGCGUGAAAAGUCCAACUUAACAGUUCCUGUGCCCCUUGCAAUUCCAACCACGCCAAGCUAUCGACAGAAAAAAUUGAAAAAGGACAAAAAAAGUAAAGAUAGAGAGGGGCAGGUCGCACAAAACAAAAGAUUUGGAACAAAAGUUAGCGACGCUUUCGUGCAGUCUUCUCUCAUAGCAGAUUCAGAUAUAUUUUCCCUUUCGAACAGUUCAAUGAGCUCAAUUUUUUCUGGGGAUGCUACAUUGGGUAAUUCCCAGCAUAAAACUCGAUUGAGCUCAAGCGAGUUGACAUUUACCGGCAGAUUUAAGUCUGUUAACCAAUUGGAUGUUUCAAACUACAGUAAUUCCAGCUUAUUGACCGGGCAAAAUUGUGUAUUGCGAAACAAUGAGUCAGGGAAACUUGAUGAAUACAGUGCUUACGAUUCAAGUGCAUCAUGUAGCCGUCUAUCUCCUUCAACUGUCGAGGAUGUAAGAAAGUCUGAAAAUGUAAUAAAUGCUCGAUUAAACAAUGCAACUGCGAAUCAGAUGCCUACUCCUGUAACAAGUAUGGGUUACGAUACAAAUUGUAGAACUGAGUAUUUGGAAAACACCUCCCAGUCUCAAAUUCCAAAAAGACGGGGUAGAAAAAAAGGAUCGAAAGGUGUGGACGCACUUAUCGCCAAGGAGUCUUCUAGCCUGUCUCAACAAAUAUUUUUUGGUGGUUCAACUGUUAAAAAGGUUAAAACCACAAAGGAACUUUUCAAUGAAAUUCAGAGCAGAAAGUUAAGUGUUUCCAUGCAAUCCUCAACAAGUAAUCUUUCAAAUUCUUCAACAAAUCGGGAACUGGCUAGCCGUGCUAUUUUUCCAAGACCAACGUCGUCCUGCUCAGACACUUCAAAUCAUUCUCCACAAAUUUUGGAAACUUUUUCGGGAAAUUCUACUUUUACCAGCAAAAUAGAAGAACCUCCAAUUUCGGAUAGUGAUACGCUCACUUCAGAACCAUCGCACGAUAGUAAUAAAUCACAAGACAUUAAGGAAACUACUUCAUUGGACAGCAAUAGUAAUUCUCUUCAUACAUUGGUCUUAGAAAGGACUCCAAAAAACUUGAUGCCGAUGAAUUUUAACGAUGUUACCACUCAACUAAUGCACCUAAUUCACAGCUUGAACAGCCCAAUGAGUGAACUUGAAAUUGAGGAAAUGUACCAAGCUCAAAUAGUACCAUGUACUUGCAUAGUUAUCGAGGAAGUUCAAAGUUCAUUAAAAGAGCCCAAAAAAGAAGCUUCAGACUCUGAUAUCAACGAUCCAGCAACAAGUUCAAAUUGUGAUAAGAAUAUUUCUCGCCACAAGAAUGAAGACCAAGUUUUUAAUUUUGAAAGUUUGGAUAAUGUUGAAGUAGGUGAAAUUCAACCAAAAACAGUGAAGUCAAUAUUUGAUCUAGAUUUUGAUGAUAACGACGAUCCUUUGAAUACAAUAAUGGAUGAAAUUCAAAAGCCAAUAGUUAAACUUGAAAAUAUAAAAAAAAACUUGGAUACCAAAAAUGUAUCUUUUAGUUCGCCUGCACAAAACGUUUCGUUAAGUUUGCUACAUAUUAACGCCGAUGCUCAAGCUGACAAAAAUCAUCUAGAAAAGGAGAACAGCGAAACCUACAAUGAAGUUUCUCCUGUUUUUACGGUUCAUGAGGAUCCUGAUUGCGUAGCAAAGAAUAGGUUUUAUGUACAAACCAACAGAGUGACAAGUUUUCACAUAAAUUCAUUGCAUAAUUUCUACAUACCAAAUAUAAAUGGCAAUUGGGAUAGUGUUGACUCAUCUCCUAGUUUUCACAAUUUGGACUCGUACACAGUGACGAAUGGAGCUGAUGUUGUACCUAAAUAUGGUCUUCUUACAUCAGAUAAAAUAAAAAAAGAUCUAAGUUCUUUAAAAUAUAUAAAACCUUUCAAGGCGAAACGUUUUAAAUCGUUUAUUUCACCGUUUCUUGGCGUUGCAAAGUGUUUACCAACGUGUCGACGUGCUAAACACAAAGUUAAGAAAUGGCUUAACUCUUCGAUUCACUUCGGACAAAUUUCACAACAUUUUGAAGUUUCCGAAAUUAAAGCAGAACAUAAAUUUAAUAAUUCCAGUCCGCUAAAGGUUAACAUUGAUGUUCCGAUUUCUGGUAUCAACAGCCAUAUUAAAAAUCACGUGCCAACACAAGUUAAUCCCAACAUCAAUAUAUUACCAUCACCUGAAACUUUAUUUAAUACGAGCUCUGGGAAUGCUUUCAGUAAUAGUUUAUUAAAAUUGGCUAAUGAUAAUAAUCCUGAAACAAGCGAUACAAGUAGUGAUAACGAUUAUCAAGGUGACAGUCCUCAUAGUGCUAGUAGUUCAAGCACUUUUAGCUUUUCUAGUUUAAAAGAAACUCAAGACUCCAUAAAUGAAAAGCUUAAAAAUAAGAGGAUUGAAUCACUCGGCACAAAAGCAAAGUUACAUCAUCGAAAUAAAAGAAUAUAUGCAGGCGAUGAUAUGAAAAAAAAAAAACAUUUACAAAAAGAAUUUAAUAUUCCAGGCAAGCGGAUAAAGACUGUUUUAAAUGGAAAUUUGUUUAAUCUGAGUAGUAAUAACAACAGCAGUGAUAGCGAGAAUGAAGCAGAGAAUUAUAAUGAAAACGAAUACGAAAACAGUAAUAGGGAGGAAUAUGCCAUUGUUCAACGCCCACUAGGUGAUGGUGGAGCUACCAGCAAUCAUAUUGUAUUAACAAUAAAGAAAACUCCAAGCAAAGUCAAUUCUCCAGCAAACUCUAUGAAUGAAGUUUCACCCAAUACAUCAGAUAUUGGAAAUUUAAAAAAGACGAUUCCCAAUUCUUAUGUGAAAGAUGCAACUAAAAUACGAAAUACAACUCAUAUUUCGAUGGGAAAAGGGAAAUCAAUAUCGAAAACACACAGGUCAGCUUUUCGGUCCCGGAACACCCGCUAUCGCCAAGCAGUCCAAAAAAACGUAAAAGGUCGCAUUAAGACUAUUGAUUUGGAACUUAAACAUUUAUUUCAUUUAAAACCAAAAGCCAACAAUCAUAUUUCAGAUUUAAAGCUUCACAAUAAAUUGUUUUUCCACCACGAAUUGUGCAUAGAGAAUGAUGUAGGUAUAAAGGAAAAAAUAAUAAACUAUAGCAGCAGCAGCUCAAGUUAUGACGACGAUAGCGAAGCGGAAAACACCUCCACAGAGGAAGAAGAAAAAGUUAAAAAAAGUUCAUCUUUUGGUGCACAUAACUUAGAAUUUGAGACUGAAACGAGUGCCGGUGCAGCGGUGCAGGUCAAAUUUGAAAGUGAGAAUGAUUCUAUUUUAACUUCCUCAAACGAUAGCGAUAUAGCAGAUGAAGGAGAACGUGAAGAAAUAAAUUAUACAGUGGAUGAGUGCAACGAUUUUCGAAACAACAACAUGCUACAAUCUUUUAAUUCAAUAUGUGCUGAAAGUACUGUUGCCAGUAUAAAAUCAGCCCCGCCUAUAGCAUCACUAGAAUCACAAACAAAAUAUAAUAGUGAUGAUAGUAACAGAUGUUUUAAUAAUAACUUACAUGUUGGCUUAACCAAUGAAAUCAGUAACAUCAGCCAAAAAUCCACUGAGUCGGCAGAGUUAACCAAUAAACUUCCAUUACUCGGCGUGGAGUAUCGUACUGGAAUUCGGCCAUCUCCAGACGCUGCUCCAACAAGUUUAGCGGAUAAGGACAUACCCAGGAUUCAACAAUUUAAGGAAUGGCAUCAAGUUCUCCAAUUAAAAUCCUACAACAAUGAGCCCUUAAUCGUUUUGCCUUACGUUUUGCUUGAAUAAAUUCAAAGUUUCCCUCACGCUGUGUGAUAGCAUUUCCAAUACAAGAAGAUACAAAAGUAAAAGCGUGUAGCAAAAUUUAAUACCUUUAAACAGUUAUCAACUUAAUUAUAAUCUUCUGUUGCGUAUAAGUCACUUUUGAUUAGAUCACAGCACUGUUGGUUAAUUAUACGUUUGAUAAAAAUAAACAUAAUAAUUAUAAAAUAUUGCGAACGCAAUACGAACUUUUGUUACAUUCUACAGUAAAAAAAUUAUUUUAUAUGAUUUAAAUUUGAACAUUUUCAGUAAAUAUUUAAGAUAAUAAUAAAACAAACUAAUGUAUAAUAACUGUAAAUAAACUAGCUAUACAUUUAA